AUGCCGCUUCUUAACGCCGGAAAAAAUGCAAGGACUGAAUUGUCUGGGGCUUCAAACCUUGCGAAUGAUGGUGCGCCGCCGGACUACUCGGGGCCUUUAUCGCAAAAUUUUUCAGAUAACCCAACAGCAGUCGUGGGUAAAGACACGAGGCCUAGCAAUUCCAGCAAGAGUACGUCGCCAUUAUUCACUGCGACCCCCACCACAGUGUCACCAAUAUUAGAAGCACCAACCAAAGAAGAAGGUGGCAAGAAGGAUUGCAGGUCCUUGAGAACGCGAGCACGUCACGCUGAACGUCGCAAAAAGGACGGUUUAAUUACCGCGACUUCUUUGGCUGGAGCAGGACGUCGUGCGGCGGUAUGGGUGGAGCAGUGGGAUCGUGGAUCUCGAGCCACUCGUCUUCUUAUCCUUGAGGCCUUUAUCUCGUUACAUUCUUCGAGUAACACCAAUCGGAUGGAAACAGACUUGGGUGAUUCCUCUAUGCUUUUUUUCACACGUAUUACGGCUUGGUUGCGUUUGACAUGCAAGUUGGGCCAUCCAUUGCGCCUUCUUCUUGCUGCGAUAUCUUUGUUUGUGCGUGGUGUGCGAUACUUGACCUGUCUUGUGGAGGUUGGUGGUGCACAGACUCUCAUUGACACACUUGCGACUUGUCGCUUGGUCCCUGAUGACCGCCGUGAAAUUGCUUUGCUUUUAUUAUACAUGGCAAACGCUGGAAGAGUGUAUCGAGAAAUGUUGUGCGAUGAUGAUGAUAUUGACUUGCUAUUACAUGCGAUGCGAUGCGAAAGUGAUUUGGAAAUUUUGGACCUUCAUGCGGCUUUGUUUCUUGUUUUGGGCGAGGGCAAUAGCCCACGGGUGACAUCUCGUGUUCAGUCUGGGGUGAUUGGGAUGAUUCUUCACGAUGAGACCACGAAGGGGGCGAUGCUUCAGGCGGCACGGGUCCUGCGCAUCUUUCAAUCGUCAAGGGACAAAAUGUAUGCGGAAGCAAUCGCAAGGGAUUUGUUGGAGGACACUGGUACAGUGUCGGUGGUGGGAAUCGAGUCCAAUUUUUCAACCGAAAGUGCACGGCAGUUGCUAGAGGCUCUAUUUUUCUUGCUGUCUCACGAAGAUUUGUCUCUCCGUGUCGAGGGCCUGGAAUUACUGACUAUGGUGGCGAAGAACAUUCAACUUACUGGUCACAUUUUGACCCGCUGUUUUGACGUGUUGGACGAGGAUCGUUUGGCCAUUGAACCCAAGGACAACCUGACCGCGGUCAUGGUUUUUAGACGCAACCAAAUUUCGUUUGGCAGUACUGCAGUCAACAUUAUGCUCCUUGACACAAAAUGUGAGGCGCGUCAGCGGCUGACAUUUGACAUCAUAGCGCGGCGAAGUGCCCACUUUUCUCUACUGAAGUACCUGCGGCUUCUGGAAAGUGGGUAUACAACCUCUAUUCUGGACUGUUGCCGGGCCUUGCAGCUCAUAUGUCGCGGGGCACUCAUGCAGGAGCGGCAUGGCGUGACAGGCGGCGCAGAGGUUGGGGUACCACUGGGGAAAGCCGCCAAUUACAUCCGCGAGGUUGUGGGUGACACGCUUUACAGUGUGCUUUUGUAUGAGGAUCUGACGGAGGAUGAAGCCUUUUCCAUCGCCCGCUCCGUCACCUCAUCGGAAUUGUGA